UGAAUAUACAAACGAAUACCGUCCCGACCGCGUUGCUAAUUUGGCGUUCUGAAGAACAAACCCUUCGCUUUCCAAUCCUUCCUUGCCUUCUUCAUGUUUACCUUGUUCAAUUCCCAAUCCUAAAACCCUACUUCUCACUUCGAGCAAUUCCUCUGGUGUUUGGAAUUUGAAAAUUCAUUUCUACUGCUCCCUUUUGCGUCUUCUGUAACCUAGUUCAUUGGUUUAUUUGUUUGGAGAUUGAAUUCCGGGAUCGAUUCCAGUUCUUGUUGUAGUUCGUUUGGUGUUUGAGGAGGAAUUGAUCGGUUGUGGAGCUGGAGAUGCAAGAUUCUUACUCGAUUCUUACUCGAUUCUCUGGAGUUCUGUUGGUGCCCUAAGUAAAAUGCUUCUACCCUAGUUCUUCUGCUGUUGUUUUAUUUGAUAGGCUGGUCUAUUGAUUUUACUUCUAGAUUGUUGAUCUUUGUUCAUCGUGAAGGUUCUCUUUCUCAUUAAGUUUAUCGAGGAAGUUCGUUUCUCCCUUUGUAUGAAGAGGUUGUGGGUGUAAGAUAAGGUUGGAGGUUUUGGAUUCUUUCACUAAUGUCCGUAGAAAGAUCCUUCGAAGCUUGGGAGGAGGUGCAGAGGCAUGGUCAGGAUUUCGCGGACCGUCUUGCUCAGGGUUUCACGGGACUGAUUCAUUCUCACAUACCGCCGCCUUCAUUUCCCUGGCCAAAUCCCCCCAAUUCUAAGCUCUUUGAUCUUGAAUUUCCGGGACAAAGUUUUGGUAUCAAGGAUUAUGGGUUGACUGCCCACGAUUCGAUUUUUGAUAUUGGUAGUAGGAUUGGACAAGCUAGCGCUGAUUUUGGUGCUUGUUUGAAUGGUGUGGUUCAACAAUUUUUCAGACAGCUGCCGAUGCCAUUUUGGCCUGAGGAGAAUGUAAUAGGGUCCAUUAGGAUGGAUCGGGAUAAGAGUUGGCAGAGGGAUGAUAUGGGUGUUGCUGUUCAAGGGAAUCUUGGAACAUUAACAGAGCGCUUGCGUAGUUCUGAACUUGCUGACAAUGAUGCUGGUUCAGAUGCGAUGGUUGACGAUGAAGCAUCUGGCUUUGAUUUGAAGGCUAUAGGACAUCUGGGAAGGGCACAGAGCACGAUCAAUAUUUCUUCAACGUAUGAUAGUAGAUCACGAGAUGUGGAAAGUUCAUUAGUUGCCAGAGGAGAUCUAUGGAGAGUAGAAGCAUCACAUGGAAGAACAGCAUCUGGAAAUGAUAACUCAUCUUUAUUUCUGCUGCAGCUUGGGCCAGUACUCUUUGUUCGUGACUCGACACUUCUUUUGCCAGUUCAUUUAUCAAAGCAACACUUGCUUUGGUACGGUUAUGAUAGAAAGAAUGGAAUGCAUUCUCUAUGUCCAGCAGUCUGGUCAAAGCAUAGAAGGUGGUUGUUUAUGUCAAUGCUUCGUCUCAAUCCCCCAGCUUGUUCCUUUGUUGAUUUACAGUUCCCCAACGGGCAGUUGACUUAUGUGUCGGGUGAAGGCUUAACUACAACAGCAUUUUUGCCCUUUUGUGGAGGCCUCCUUCAAGCUCAAGGUCAAUAUCCAGGAGAAAUGAGAUUCAGCUUCUGUUGCAAGAAUAAAUGGGGAACCCGAAUAACACCAAUGGUGCAAUUUCCUGACAAAUCAUUUACUUUGGACCUUGCUCAAUCAUUGGCUUGGAAGAGAACAGGUCUUCUGGUGAAACCAACUCUACAAUGCAGUUUGAGUUCCACUUUUGGGGGAAGCAAUCCUGGGGUUCGUGCAGAAAUUGUUCAUUCAGUGAAGGAACAUCUCAAUCUCAUGUGCGGCUGUUCUUCCAUUGCCCAUCCUUCUGCAUUUGCUUCAAUUUCUAUCGGCAGGUCAAAAUGGAACGGGAACGUUGGGAAUUCCGGGAUAGUUGUAAGAGUUGAUGCUCCACUCUCAAAUAUUCGACGAACUUCUUUCUCUGUUCAGAUAAAUACUGGGAUUGAGUGUUGAUCUUCUUAUGAAACCUGCGUUUUUGGUAGUUGCAAGUGUAUAGGUAGUCUCAAAACUGCUCUCUGUUAUUUACGUGAUAGGUGAAUAUUUGUUAACUAUUAGGCCAUCAUCUGUAAAUCAUGGCAGGCCCUUUUCUCUUUUCUUCUCUCAUUUUAAAGCAGUUUCUACUUCUAUUUCAUCAAAUUUUCAGAGUUCGUAACAGA